CGUAUUUUACAUACUCUGCCUUCUCCGGGAGAGUGGACAAUCCACUUCUUCUUCUCAAACACGAUGAAUGGUGUUGCUGCUUCAAUGGCGGAGAGCUGAGUCUCAUUCACAUCUCUGCCAUGGCAUUUUCUCCUCAAAGAUUAAUGGGGUUUGCCAAAAAUUCCAGGUACUCCUUUUUCUCUAUCUUCUCACUAUCCUCAUUUUCUCAAUUUUCCACCAUUGAAGCAUCCACUAACUUUGAACAACAACAACAAAAAGAAGAUGGAAAUCUUUCACUCAUACACCCAAGUUCUAAUAAUGGUAAUCUCGACGAAUCUAAGGUACUUGCUGAACUCUCAAAUCUAUUACCUGUUCAUCGGACAACUACAAUCCCUAAUAAUCUCUACAUUCCUAAUCCAGUGGAAACCCUUAUUGAAAACCAAACCCUAAUUAGGGUUUCCCCGGAUGGUUUUUUAUCGUUAGAAGAUAAAUUACGUGGGGUUUUUCUUCAGAAGUUAAAGAGUAAAGUUUUGAUAGAAAAUGCCUUAACUGCUGCUUUAGGUGAUGUACAGCUAAGUGUUGAUGUUGUUUCUAGGGUUUUAGAUAAGGGAGACUUAGGGGGUGAUGCUAUGGUUUUGUUUUUUAAUUGGGCGAUUAAGCAUGAUAGUGUUGGUAGAGAUUUAGGGGUGUAUCAUGUGAUUCUUAAGGCUUUAGGGAGGAGGAAGUUGUUUGAUUUUAUGAUGGAUAAGUUUCGAGAAAUGUAUGUUGAAGGGAUUAAUAUGAAUUGCGGAACAGUUGAGAUUGUGAUGGAUAGCUUUAUCAGGUCUCGCUUCGUAGCUAGAGCGGUGGAGUUGUUUAGGAAAUUGGAUGAGUUUGGGAUGAAGUGUGGUACUGAGGAGUUUAAUGUGCUAUUGAAGUGCUUGUGUAAGAGAGCUCAUGUGGGCACUGCAAAUUCGUUGCUGAAUUCGAUGAGGGGAAAAUUGGUGUUUGAUUGUGUGACUUACAAUGUGGUGAUUGGUGGGUGGGCGAAGUUAGGUAAGGUUAGUGAAAUGGAGAAGUGUUUGGAGGGGAUGGUAGAAGAUGGGUUUUGUCCGGAUUGUGAGACAUAUAGUUGUCUUAUUGAAGGCUUAGGUAAAGCUGGUCUGGUUGAUGAUGCUGUUAAGAUCUUCAAAAGUAUGGAGGGUCAAGGGUGUCGACCUAAUAUAGGAGUUUAUAAUUCAGUAAUUGCUAAUUAUGUCUUUGUUGGGAAUUUUGACGAAUGCAUGAAGUACUGUGAAGAAAUGUCAAGAAAUGACUGUCCACCGGACAUAGACACUUACGCAAAAAUUAUUUGGGGUUUGAUAAAGGCUCGAAAAGUAGCUGAUGCACUUGAGAUGUUUCAUGAGAUGUUGCGUCAAGGGGUAACUCCUACCACUGGGAUGGUAACCUCGUUCAUUGAACCAUUGUGUAAUUAUGGUCCACCUCAUGCUGCCAUGAUAAUUUAUAAAAGUGCUAGAAAGCAGGGGUGUAGAAUAUCAUUGAAUGCCUAUAAGUUGUUGCUUAUGAGGCUUUCCCGAUUUGGUAAAUGUGGAAUGCUUCUAAAGUUAUUUGAUGAAAUGCAGGAAAGUGGAUAUUCUGCUGACAUUGAUGUUUAUGAGUAUGUUGUUAAUGGAUUGUGCAACAACGGACAACUUGAGGCUGCUGUAUGUGUUAUGGAGGAGGCUCUGCGUAAGGGGUUCUGUCCAAGCAGGCUCAUGUAUAGCAAACUGAAUAAGAAACUCAUGGCUUUUAACAAAGUAGAUAGGGCUUAUAAGCUUUUCCUUAAAGUAAAACAAGCUCGUGUUAAUGAAAAUGCUAGGAGAUACUGGCGCAGGAAUGGCUGGCAUUUUUAAGAUGGCUAUUUGUGUCAUUGUGAUGCAUCUUAUUGAGAUGCAAAAAAUGAUUGCAUCAGAGAUGCUCAAAGCCACAUCUCUUGCUAAACAUCAAGGCUUUGCUGAUGACAAUGUUGAGAACUAGUAAGAAUAUGGGUCUUUCAUUCAUCAGUCAAGGACGGGGAUUGGAUCUCCAAAUUGCAUAUUAUAUGUACGUGCUUCAAGCCUUCAAUUGAUAUCGUGCAGGUAAGGUUAAGGUAGUGCUUUUUGUACUGUUCAUUUUCUCUCUCACACUAUAUUAAUAGCAUUAUCCAUAGAUUUUUUUGGCAGGGGAACCAGGAAGGGAGUUAAUUACUUAAUCUGGAAAUUAAUUUAUGGUCUCUAGGGUAUGAAUGUUUUUUCAAUGUGUAUCUAUAUCUAUGGGAUCCAAGAUUGGUUAUGUGUCUUUGUGUUGUGCAUUUAUUGUUUAUUUUUUUUAAGAACCAUGGGUAUAAUACUAUAAUGUACUUUGGAGUUGAAGGCUUAUAGAGAAGAGAUUAUUUCAGACUAGAGUUUAUGUAUAUGUAAUGAUGCCUAAGCAGCCUAACACAUUAUUUCUCGUAGAGAUUUAGCCAUGAAAACUAAGGUACCCUCAUUUGUAUAAUUGUAUCUCAGUAGUAUAGGGACACUGCAUUUUGAAUGCAAUUAUUGGCUCAUGCCUUGCAUAUCACAUUUCUACGAGUUUAAGACAGUUCUCUCUCCAUUGCUUAAAUUUUUCUUUCUUUUUUUUUUUUUCAUAUAUCCCAACACUUCCUCUGAUUUUACUUUUAUUCAAAAUUUCUAAAAUGGUUAUUUUUCAAAGAAAGCCAUUGUAACAACCAUAGAAUUUGCCAACUUGUGUGGUAGUGGUUUCUUUUACCGAAAACCAUUGUAGAUUCAUUGAAGCAUGCAUCAAUUGCUGUACAAAUAUUGGUGAUCUUGGGCAAUAUUCAUUUUAUAUGAAAUCCGUAGCUAUUCCUUGUAAUGAAAAUUUUCUAUAGUUAGGUCAUCACUGGCACAACUUAUCUUUUCAUUAGGAUGCAAAGAGCUUGGUUGCUUCUGUCCCUAACACACUUACAAGACCUGCUAGUUUUAUGGCAUUCAACAUCUUGUUUAGUUCUGCUGAUGCAUACUUGUCAUUUGGUGCCCACAGCUGGUUUCUGGGUCAGAAUUAUAAAAGGUUUAGAAUGGUUGUAAAAUAUGUGACUCUCAGAUUGCUCCCUCUUGUUUUUGACUGACAGUCAUUAGUUAGUCAGGGUUAGAGACAAGUACUGUAUGCUAAUUUGAUCUAAUCCUUUUCAUUCAUAUCUGUGAGAAUAUAACUUGACAUAUUUUAAAACAGCAAAAUGAUUUGUGAUUUUGCUCUUUCUCAAAGUACAUUUCUAUGCUGACCUUUUGAAUUAACACCUUUUCGCAUCAUAUGUGCCAAAUCUUAUCUUUAUUAUAUGUGCCCUUCUUCGGGGUCUUGCUGGAAUGAUGCAAUUUAGCCAAAUCUGAUACAAAUGUGCUCCUUGUGGCUUUCUUUCCUAAGGUCAUUAUAUUGCCAUUUAAGUCAUCUUAAUGACCUCUUGUGUGCACUUGAUGAUCUUGGAUGAGAUGUCACAGGUUGUAGCGUACUGUGUGAUUGAUAAAUUUUGGAGAUAGGUUUACAUGCUGACCAGAUAGCUGCCCUGGGCCUCAUUGUACACUGUACUGUAGAUGAGAAUAAUUUUGAAGGUUUUUAUAUCAUGCUUAUGUCUUGUUAUGAUGCUAGCAUUAGGCAUAAUUCUGUCAAUUGCUCUUACAGUUUUACAGGUGCUGUUUUAAAACUGGUUGUUACUUCCUCCUUCUCAUACUUAAAUUGAAACAAUUAUGUUGGAAUGUGCCUUUGCCAUCCUCCAUUUACUAACGCCCACCUUCCCCUUUUGUUUGUACUAUUUAGGGUUUUGUCACUUUUAAAUUUUUGGUUGGGUUUACUAGUUAUGUGCUGAUGGAGGGAGCAUAUGUCAAGUCUGAUGUCUAUGUGAAUUCUUGAAUCUUGAGUCUGUACUGUUAACAGUGGUGAAUUCACAUUCUCAAAGAUUAUUCAGCAAGCAAUGCAUUUUAUGAUUGUUCUUUUCACAAGUUGGGUGCACGAGAAAGGCAGUCCUUGGCCAAGAUUUGCAGAAGUUUAUAUUUGCAUGUGAUAGGCAAAUUUAAAGAGGAGAAUAUUUGCUGCAAUACCAUUAGGUGAUCCGAAGCAAUGCCUUUGAUGAAGGGGCAUGGUAGGUCGUCAGAUCAUAUCCCCCUUGAAAGCUAGCGCAGGACUCCUUAAAAUUUCGCAGUGAAAUAGUAAAAUUUUGUUAUAUUUGAAUGUUGAUGGUGUUCACUGGAAGUUUUUUUUAUCUUCGUAAUGCUUAUCUCGAGUCUACCAGUUUGUAUAUCUCUGACUCUAUGAUCUGAUAAUGCCUACUAUAUAUACCCCAUGGCUCCAUUGUAUAAAAAACCAAGUAUAUUACAAUAAAUUGGGACUUCUAGGUUGUAA